AUGUCGAAAUCUGUUUACUUCCCCAUUCUUCUGUGCAUUUUUGCCCACUGUCUGUGGAUUAUUGAUGGACGAGCACGAUCUAAGAAGACAUUUGUACCCAUACACACAGAAACAGAUGAGUCGUCAGUGUAUCACUUCUUGUAUAAUAAACAUUUCAUCAGCAUGAAGACAGGGGGCACACACCACAUAAGUGUAACCUGUUGGUUGUACAACACGACUGCUGAAGAAGUACAACUGGUUCACACACCUGGCGGGAUAAAAGUGGUGGAGCUGAAGGUCAUGCAGCUAGCCAGUACUCAAGUGGGAAGAGUGGUCAGUACACCGGAAGCCCACCGGACACUGAGCGCCCUCGACAAUCGCUUUCCAAACUUCUGUCAUACAAAGGAUAACUCCACGACAGUCAUCUGGUUGGAAGACAUCUAG